AUGUCUACAAAUAUUCUCAGUCAGGCCGAAAACGGGGAUCUGACCCGAUUUUCACGACUUGAAGCUUCCCUUGUGAACGCCGAAGUUGAAAAACGCCCUAAUUCGAGAUCGCAGAAUGAUGUCGACCGGCAUGCUGAAAAGACUGAUCUCGUUGUGAAUGAACUGGAUUUUGAUUUUGACCUUGACACAACCAACUACCCGCUGGGAAAUCUCAGUUCCCUUCAACAAGUUUUCGAUGCCGUGCAGUGCAACCAUCAUCUGAAGAAUGAAAAUAAUUUCUCUCCCGUAUCUCGCGUAGAAUGCCUGAACGUUGACUCGCAGGGUGGAGAGUGGCAAACACUAGACGAAGAUGGCAUGGGAACCUUCCUACAGCAAUUCAAAUUGCCAUCUCCCACGUCUCCGCCAUCUAACCGCACAACCGGCCGUAGAAUGCUUGUUUUUUUUGUGCCUCUGGUACCCGCUGAAGGAACAUCAUAUGGGUCACGGGCUGUGAUCACCAGGAAAGAUACUGAGGAUCUUCUCAAGACUUUGAACAUAAAUCCAGCCUUUCUGCUCAAUCUGAUCGGACGACCUGAUUAUUGGGCGCCGCAAAAACACUGGGAGGCCGAUGAUACGGGAAGGUUAAUUGCUUGUGAUUUGUUCUGCCAGCAUCCUCGCUGGAACCUACAUGUCCAGGGAUCUCCCACAUCAGUCUACAUGCGGCAUGAUAUUAAAAACGAUUUGACAACAUACAUCAUCUCACACAAACAGUUCGAUACCCCGAUCAAGACACUCACCUCACUGCUGAAUAUUGCACUCAAUACUGCCUCAAGUGCUCAAAGGGGCCCCGUGUUUUUAGACGACCCUUUCGAUAUUCAUGUCAUCUUAUCCACUCUAUCCUUUGAAGCUUCAAAAUACCACGUCAAGCGAUUCCAACGGUUCAUGUGGACCCACAUCAGCAAAGUCGAUGACCAUCUUGCCGGCCUUGAGAUCAGCGACCGAGCAAAAUUAGGAGACCUGACCAAACAGCUCCAGAUCAUCUCCAAAAACGCAGACUCACAUAUUGCAAAUGCAGAUGUGGCCAUCAUCACAGCAACAGCCAUCCGAGACGCUCAUUUUCGACUCAUCUCCUCACUUUCACACUCUGCUCCUUUUAUUGUUCAACGCGUGGAAGAUUCUAUAUCUUACAUUAUCUCGUCUAUGGAGAAACAGAAACUGUGGUUUUUGAACUACAAGCAACGCAAGGACAGCACCAUGUCUCUGGUCUACAAUCUCGUAACACAGCAGGAUGCAGAGAACAACAUUCAGAUAUCGCACAGCAUGAAGCAGGACUCUACGUCUAUGAAUGCGAUCGCUGCUCUGACCAUGAUCUUCCUGCCAGGUACCUUCGCCGGCACCCUCGUUGGAGCUGGGGUAUUUGGCGGCGCGAUUGGACAAAAGGUGUGGCUUAUUUGGGCAGCUAUCACAAUUCCUUUAACACUGAUAGUCAUGCUAUGCUGGUGGCUAUACCAAAAAAUGAAGAAUCCCAUGGUUUUUGGAAUGUCAAUCUUACAAGGUAAAGGGAAGCCCGAGCCACAGGUGGAAGUUCCCAGACCUAGGCGGUUUAGCACAUUUUCCUUUCGGAGCUCGAAAGCGCAAAAAGAGUUUUAG